AUGAGAGAGAGAAUGUUUACAAUUUACAGGGAACGGCAAACGACGCGUCCCUUCUUAGUCCGGUUUUUGUGGAUCACUCUCUUAGGGGCCAUUUUGCUCUCCAGCUCAGUGGCAUUGACUAUUUUCGUGAAGACAAAGGAGUCUAAAGCAACAGAAAACCUUUUCUUGGACUAUGGAAACACUAAUAAAGAAUCCACGAAACUUCAAGACUGUUUGGGCAUCUUUCUAGACCGCAUACAAGAGAAGUCGUGUUUAGAGGAAUCAGUAUUCAGCAUCAAGGACCUCCAACAUGUUCAAGAAACGUACAUAUCCUCCUUAAGAAAGGUCCCUUUGAGCUGGUAUCAUGCUCUGCUUGACCCCAUUCCUGAUACUUUGUGCCAAAAAACAGAAGUUCGUGACCUUACUAAGCUUGUCAUAGCGACAAAGGCGGAAUUGCAAAACGCCUUACAAUUCGUUGAAAUCCAUAUUGCAUCAACCCAAAACAAUAUACGAUCAAGCAUGUCAGGUCCUGUUUUCGCCACUUCCCUGGUGGUUGCAAAUUGCAACCUUAUGGUGGUUACCAGGUACGCUAAAAAGACAGCCGAAGAAUUACAGACUUUAGUCGAGAAGGGAGAUCUAAGUAGCGCCAAAACAUUGUUUUGGGAGAUCUUCGAAGCUGUUUCAGUGAUAAAAUUUUUGGGAAAGUUGGCCCAACUGGAUUAG